UUUCAUUUUAUGUUCAUGCAAUAAAUAAGCUGUAAACCUCUCACUUGGCUCUAAGAAAGGAAAUGAACAGUUUCCUACACUCAAAAGAAAAACCCUUGAAGAGAAAUCUUUCUAUAUAGCAGGAUUUAAAUCACCUCUUCAUAUUUUGCUACAACCCCAACCCAAAAGCUCUUCAUUUGUUCAGUCGCCGCCGGCCGGCGAAGAUCAGAGGCUUUGAACUCAAAGGCUUUUGAGUUUCCAGCUUCUGAUCUUUUAGCAGUGAAAGAAUCCGAUUGAAGAUGAGGAAAGCAGCUCAUCUUUCACCAUUGUCAUCACAGUUCUACAACAUUGGAAACACUGAAGCUCAAAUGCCUUACUUGGAUGUCCUUAUGCAGAUGGAAAGCAAAGGAAAUGUGAAUGGAGAUGCCUUUUCUAUGGAACCCAAAAUAUUCUACAAUGACAACCAAAUAAGAGAUGGGGCCUUUGCUAUUCCUUACCAAUCCCAUUUUAACUCUAAUUUCUUACAAGAUUAUGAGUAUGGUAGCUCCAAUUUUGACAACAAUUUUCAGCAAUCUAUGUCACUUAGCAGCAAGCUAGCAAUUCCAUAUCUUGAAUCGGAAAGCAUCCAAAAUGGAAGGAAACGUGAGAUUGAGUUUAAUAAUGACCCAAAUACAGCAUUGGAUGAGAGGAACAAGAACAAGAGGAAGAAAUUAUUAACCUCCUUUGAGCAAUCUCAUAGAAGCAGUCAAGAAAUAACAGAAAUCAAGGAUUUCAGGUUGAAUAUGCCAGUGAGGAGAAGCCAAAAGCUAAGUGACAAAAUCACAGCUCUUCAAAAGUUGGUAUCCCCCUAUGGAAAGACUGAUACUGCUUCAGUCCUUCAAGAGGCUUCUCUUUAUAUCAAACUUCUCCAAGAACAAAUUCAGAUGCUGAGCAGUUCAUAUAAGAGUCUUAGAGCUAUUCAUCCACAGGAGAUUGGAAAGAAGCAACAAGAUCUAAAAAGUAGAGGACUUUGCUUGGUUCCCAUUUCAUUUACCCAAAGAGUGACAAAAGAAGAACAAUCAUCCUUGGAAAAUUUAAAUAAUGUGUAAUGCAAAAGCAUUGUCAUAGUUUCAUCCCAUUAUAUAUAUUUACCAUAUUUCCAAUUUUAAUAGUUGAAAUUUAUUGGGAAAUAAUGUAUACAUUUGGCUUUUCUUGUUAUGAUUUUCAUUGUUUAAUGAGUAAUAGUUGUAUUUCUUAGUAA